AUGACUUCAAGCAAAAUUGAGAUGCCUGCUGGAAUGAAGGCGGAUCCGGCGGCUCUGAUGGCUUCUCUGCACUUGCUGCCUUCUCCCACCCUCAACCUGGAAAUUAAGUACACCAAAAUCUUUAUCAACAACGAGUGGCAAAACUCUGAGAGUGGGAAAAUAUUCCCUGUAUUUAAUCCUGCAACAGGAGAACAGAUCUGUGACGUGCAAGAAGCUGACAAGGUUGACACAGACAAGGCGGUGCAGGCUGCUCGGCUGGCCUUCUCCCUGGGCUCGGUGUGGCGGAGGAUGGAUGCCUCUGAGCGAGGACACCUCUUGGAAAAGCUGGCCGAUCUGGUGGAGAGAGACCGGGCCCUCCUUGCCACCAUGGAGUCGCUGAACAGUGGGAAGCCAUUCCUCCAGGCCUUCUACGUUGACCUUCACGGCGUGAUCAAGACCUUGCGGUAUUUCGCCGGUUGGGCAGACAAGAUUCAUGGAUUGACCAUCCCAGUGGACGGAGAUUAUUUCACCUUUACGAGGCAUGAGCCCAUUGGCGUGUGUGGACAGAUCAUCCCGUGGAACUUCCCCCUCCUGAUGUUUGCGUGGAAGAUUGCACCGGCCCUUUGCUGCGGCAACACCGUGGUCCUCAAGCCGGCUGAGCAAACCCCGCUCACCGCCCUCCACCUGGGCGCCCUCAUCAAGGAGGCGGGGUUUCCUCCAGGUGUGGUCAACAUUUUGCCUGGAUUUGGACCCACUGUGGGGGCGGCAAUUGCUUCGCACACAGGGAUUGAUAAAAUCGCCUUCACAGGUUCCACAGAGGUUGGAAAGCUGGUUCAAGAAGCAGCUGGCAGGAGCAACUUGAAGCGGGUGACGCUGGAACUCGGGGGGAAGAGCCCCAACAUUAUCUUUGCGGACGCAGAUUUGGAGCACGCGGUGGAGCAGGCCCACCAGGGGGUCUUUUUCAACCAAGGCCAGUGCUGCACGGCCGGCUCCCGCAUCUACGUGGAGGAGACCAUCUAUGAGGAGUUCGUCCGGAGGAGCGUGGAACGGGCCAAGAGGAGAGUUGUGGGCAGCCCCCUUGACCCCACCACCGAGCAAGGACCACAGAUUGACAAGAAGCAGUACAACAAGGUCCUGGAGCUGAUCCAGAGUGGUGUGGCUGAAGGGGCCAGGCUGGAGUGCGGGGGCAAAGGAUUGGGGCGCAAGGGCUUCUUCAUCGAACCCACCGUUUUCUCCAACGUGACUGAUGAUAUGCGUAUCGCCAGGGAAGAGAUAUUUGGGCCUGUGCAAGAAAUCCUGCAGUUCAAAACCAUGGAGGAAGUGAUCGAGAGAGCCAACAAUUCCGACUUCGGGCUGGUGGCCGCCGUCUUCACCAGCGACAUCAACAAGGCGUUGACUGUCUCCUCUGCCAUGCAGGCAGGAACCGUCUGGGUCAACUGCUACAAUGCCUUAAAUGCCCAGAGUCCUUUCGGAGGUUUCAAGAUGUCCGGCAACGGAAGAGAAAUGGGAGAAUGUGGCUUGCGAGAAUACUCCGAAAUAAAGACAGUGACCAUAAAGAUUCCUCAGAAGAACUCCUAA